AUGCCACAACUAAAUACUUCCACAUGACUUCUUACCAUUCUCUCCAUGAUUUUCACCCUCUUCGCACUACUUCAACUAAAAAUCUCAAAGCACUUCUACCUCCCUUCCCCCAAACCAACACUCACCAAAUUACAAAAACAACAAACUCCUUGAAACUACACAUGAACGAAAAUCUAUUUACCCCUUUCACAAUCCCAAUAA